AUUAUAUCCCCUAGAUAUUAACAAAAACAUAGAAGGGUGACCAAGGUGAUGGAGAAUGAAGAUCAAAGAGGAAGAAGAGAGAACAAAUAUCGAGGCAUUCGACGAAGACCAUGGGGAAAAUAUGCAGCGGAGAUACGUGAUCCUAAUAGGAAUGGUGCACGUCUAUGGUUAGGUACGUUUGAAACAGCUGAAGAAGCGGCUAGAGCUUAUGAUAGAGCUGCCUUUUCUUUAAGGGGCCAUCAAGCCAUUCUCAACUUCCCUAAUGAUGGACAUUAUCAUAUCAAUAAUAAUACUAAUGUACCUCUAGGUCCUGGACCAAACUAUAACGUGCCAUCUACAAUGGUGAACAAUAUGAACAUGUCCUCUUCUUCUGCUUCUGCUUCGGCUUCGGCUUCGGCUUCUUCUGAUCAUCGACAUGAUCAUGGAGAGAAGGUUGAAUUUGAGUAUUUGGAUAACAAUCUUCUAGACGAGCUUCUUGCUUCACAAGUUCAUCGCCAUGAUAAUAAACGUCCUAAGUUUUAGAUUGCUUCCAAAUGCUUGAAAUGUUCUUAUUUACUAUUUUAUUGUCUUGCUAUUUCCAAUUUAUUUAAUUUUUUCCACUAAAGUUUAUGUCCAACUUGCUUUAGUUUGCUAGUAUAUCUCAUGUUAUUAUUUUCGUCAUCAUCAUUUCUUUAAUUUGUUUUUAUGUAAUCACAAGUUAAGAGGAUAACCCCUAACUAAUAAUUCCUCUUUUUAUU